AUGUGGCAUUAUCGUUUGGCGACUAAGGCUAUGUUAGCCUUUAUUUUGAUUGGCUGGAUGGCUGGCCAAUCCGAAGCUUUGACGGCAUUUGGCAAGAGUAUUACCGUUGGCCCUACAGUGGCCCCAACUCCGAUUCCAGCUCGACCAUGCUCAAGGCAGGCGGAAUGCGCGGGCAUCAGCAGCAGUUCCUGUGUCCGCACUCACUACGAUCCUGUCACCCGUUGCCUGUGUGGAGACAACCAGCCGCCCGUCAACGGACAAUGUGAUUCGCAGACCAAAGCUCUCUACCACGUCUGCGCGAACAGUGACGAGUGUAACGAUGGACUUAUCUGCGGAACCCCCAACGUGACGGGCACGACUCCCCUCCACCUUAGAGUUCACCCCCCAUCAGAGAAGAUCUGUCUUUGCGAUGUGGACUCUGGGUUCACAGAAAAGGAGCACGCUUGUAACGAUGCCGAAAUUCUCAAGACAUCAUUGAUAGCCAUCUUCGUGGUGUCCUGCAUAAGGAAGAUCCUAGCUAAUUAA